GGAGGCGACCUGCCACACUACUUUCCGACAAUGAUGGGGAAGAAUCUCGUGCACAAACUCGAAAAAAGUUACCUGCCGGCGCCACGUAUCGAGCUGCACUACCCACGUGAAUGUUUGCCUUGGCAUCGAAAUCAGCUAACACCAUCCACCAACCCGUUCCAUCAUGCAGCUACACAUACCCUGCUCGAAAUACUUCCGGCUCCGGAAGCGGGAGCGCGCUGGUUGCAGACGUAGACGUUCCAACUACUGGUAAGGUUCUCCUAGUCCACUACACAACCGUUCACCUCUGGAACUAAUACGGCUUUCCGUUCGCCUUCUGUAACAACCGAAAGAACCCCUGACUACCUCUUUCAUGAUUAAAAAAAGAAAUCACUGAUAUUAUAAGGUCGGUAACGAUUAAUCAAAGUGCGUUUUCCAAUCCCAAUGACAGCAUGCGUCUUUCCGGUAGAUAUUACUCGCCGUUGAGACCGCUGUACGACACGCUGAACUCUCUGACAGAGGCUUUGCGUCAAUUGCUACAGCAUAGUAAUCCGGACUUACCAUUUGCCUCAGCAACUGUGGAUGCUUUGCAUUUAUAUGACGCGUCAUUACGGGGUGAGAAUCGUCGAAAUGCCUUGUACCUUAUUUGCCUGAAUGUCGAUAAUGUUCAUCAUGCCGCCUGGAACACGUGUGCAAUAUUAUCUCGAGGUGUUGGAGCCGUGAUCAAUUUCUCUGGUGCCCGUGGUACUUACUCUCUUAGAGAAACGUGGUUGUACUCCGUCAUACACACAACUCGACUGACACGUUUUGUCGCAUGUGGCGUUUCUCCCGAAGAAGUUGCCAAGUCAGUAAAGAAAUGGUUUCACACCGUGCGAUACAAUACAACACCACAACCUAUGGGCACAACACUGACUUCCACGGAGGAAGUAAUGAAAUGCAAUAUUAUGGUCGAUUAUUGAUUUUCAAGUUGCGAAAGUGGUUGUCCUGGACAAACCGAACAUGCAGUCAUGACACCCAUGUACUUAUUUGCAACUGCAUUUUGUAUGCGCAUAUAUGUAUAUAUAUUCGUUUGCUUCCUUUU